AAUCAUAUGAAGAUAAAUUUAUUAGUCCUAUUGCUACCGGCAAUAUUUCUCCUUACACUUCUUCUCAUUCUCCUCUUACUUCAUUAUCAGGUCAAUCUUCUCAAUAUAUUGUAUCUAAUGACGUUAACUCUGUUGACAAUUCUCCUUACUCUCAUUAUCUUACUCCAAUAUUAAUCAAUCCUCUCAAUAUAUUGUAUCUAACGAACCAACUAUCAAUACUUAUUUUUCCUUUAACAAAUGGUUCACCUCAAGUGAAUGAUUUCCCUUUAUACGCAAUACUUGAUAAUUCUGAAAUUAAUCCACAAAAAUUUUAG